GUAUCAUGGACCAUAAUGGUUUUUCCUCCAUCUGACAGAUAUAUCCAAGAAAAGGGACUUUGCACCUGAACGUCUUUUGCAGCCUAAAUACAGUAUGGGGUUACAUGUUCGACUUAAAGUCAUCAUGUCUUUGAAAUGUGGCCGUCUCUUCACACUUUUGCUCUUUAUUCUGCCUGUCACAGGAAUCAAAGACGGAAGAGGGGAAACCCCGUUAGAGACCCUUCAAGCUAUCAACUUAACAAACAUGUCAAACCCAUCAAAGCAGAAUUCAGGGGUCAGAUCUUUAUUUGAAAUGGAACGACAUCGAAUCAAGAGGUCAGAAUUCUUCCACUCAGAGGUGAAAGUUUGUCCACAGGAUUCAGUGAGAGAGGUCAUAGCAAGCCAUAAAGCGUACUACACACUUCGAGUUUGUCAGGAGGCAGUGUGGGAGGCAUUUCGAAUCUUUCUAGACAGAAUUCCCAGCAGCUCAGAAUAUCAGAAAUGGGUCCAGUCAUGUCAGCAUGAGUCGCUGUGCAUCUCUGAUCUUGCUAUGAACUUCAGCAAUUCUCAGGAACAUACUGAUAUGGUCUACAGGAGGGUUAAUCUGAAUAAUGAAAAAUUGCUAGAACGAAAAGUAACUGAAAAGCCAGAAACAGAUGGAACACAAGGAACGGAAGGUCCAGUGGAGGAUCUGACUAAAGCAGCCGUAGAUGAUUCGGUUCCCAAAUCCGAAUCUACUUCUGUCAGCACUACAACACACACCUCCACUGCCUCACAGGAGUUGGACCUUCAAAAUGUGGUUCCAGAAAAUCCAGUUCAUCAGGUGAUAGAGUUUACCAUUACACUGAUGGACUCUGGGUACCAAGAGAUACUGAGUGACAAAGAUUCACCUCAGUAUCAUGACCUAUCACUACAUCUCCAAGAUCAGAUGCAACAAGUUUUGGAUGGCCUACCUGGAUUUAUGGAUGUCCAAGUGUUAAGAAUUAGUGAGACAGAACCAUCUGAAGGGGCUGCAGGAAUAUCAGUGAUCUACACAGUGGUUUUUGAGACUACUACACUUAACAUUGCUGAUGAAAGUUUAAACACUGGCACAGUGGUUUCAUCUACAGGACCAAGUCUGAAGGAUACAAUAGUUAAAGCACUGAUUGAAAAGUCAUCUCUUCUUGAUCUUGAUUCACUGACAUUUGAGACAGGCAAAGACCAAUCCUCAACCAGACCGCCUGUUUUUGAGGUAUCUGAAGACAUUACAGCUAAGCUACCAUAUUAUUUUCCCUUUGAUGAAGACUCAUAUGAUGACAUCAGUUUCACAACAAAAGAAACAGUGGUUGAAGUUCAUCGUUCAUCAGAUGCUGAUCAGAAUGCUCUGGAUAAAAUUUGGGAUCAAACAACUGCCGCAGAGAUAGCCAUCACCCCAACCCAUAACCCAACACAGCCAAUAACUGAACCAGAAAAUGGGGCCGUCAUCAUACAUCUGCUAGAAACUAUUCAAGGUGAAACUGAGGAAGACACUAAGGGAGAGGAUGUCCCUAAACAACAUACACUACCUGUGGAGGAAACUGCUUCCCUGCCUAUGGAGGAGACAGCAUUAGUGCCUAUGGUCGAGAAACCAUCAUUACCUGUGGAGAAAACUGCUUCCCUGCCUAUGAAGGAGGCUGCAUUACUAUCUAUGGAGGAAACUGCAAAAUCACCUGUUGAGGAAACUGUCUCACUGCCUAUGGAGGUGACUGCAUCACUACCUGUGGAGGAGACUGCAUCAUUACCUGUGGAAGUGACUGCAUCAUUACCUAUGGAUGAAACUGCUUCGCUGCCUGUGGAGGAGACUGAUUCACUGCCUGUGGAGGUGACUGUAUCAUUACCUAUAGAGGAGACUCCAUCAUUAACUGUGGUGGAAACUGCAAAAUCACCUGUGGAGGAAACUGCCUCACUGCCUAUGGAGGUGACUGCAUCACUACCUGUGGAGGAGACUGCAUCAUUAACUGUGGAAGUGACUGCAUCAUUACCUGUGGAUGAAACUGCUUCACUGCCUGUGGAGGAGACUGAUUCACUGCCUGUGGAGGUGACUGUAUCAUUACCUAUGGAGGAGACUCCAUCAUUAACUGUGGUAGAAACUGCAAAAUCACCUGUGGAGGAAACUGUCUCACUGCCUAUGGAGGUGACUGCAUCACUACCUGUGGAGGAGACUGCAUCAUUACCUGUGGAAGUGACUGCAUCAUUACCUAUGGAUGAAACUGCUUCACUGCCUAUGGAGGAGACUGCUUCACUGCCUGUGGAGGUGACUGUAUCAUUACCUAUGGAGGAGACUCCAUCAUUAACUGUUGUGGAAACUGCAAAAUCACCUGUGGAGAAAACUGUCUCACUGCCUAUGGAGGUGACUGCAUCACUACCUGUGGAGGAGACUGCAUCAUUACCUGUGGAAGUGACUGCAUCAUUACCUAUGGAUGAAACUGCUUCACUGCCUGUGAAGGUGACUGUAUCAUUACCUAUGGAGGAGACUCCAUCAUUAACUGUGGUGGAAACUGCAAAAUCACCUGUGGAGGAAACUGUCUCAUUGCCUAUGGAUGUGACUGCAUUAUUAAAUAUUGCAGAGACUUUUUCACUACCUGAGGAGGAGACUGCAUCAUUAACACUUGCAACUGAUUCUCCUUUGACAACUAUGUCUGCAGACCUUGGACCUUUUGAAGUAGUUUUAACAGAUGCACCUGUCAUUACUUCAACACCUGUGGAAGAGGAAGAGGAUUCUGGUUCGCCAACUGAAAGAGUGGAAUCACCUGUUGUCCAGGACACUGUACCUAAGGAGUUAGAAGUUGUAAGAGUUCAGAAAGUGGAAAAUGAGGACCCCUCAAUUAAUUCAGAAGUUCUAGCCACUGAUUUAGACCAAAUGGAUGUAGUAAGUACAGAGACCAUUGACUUGUUGAGUUAUGAUGGUGGAUAUUCUUUUCCAAAUGAAGGACAUCCAUUGCAGACAACACAAGCACCAUCACUGAAGUACAUGACAACUCCCUCAAUGACCACAGCUACCAAAGGCAAAGAGCUAGUAGUGUUUUUCAGUUUGCGUGUUACAAACGUGAUGUUCUCAGAAGAUCUUUUCAAUAGGAGCUCCGCAGAAUAUAGAUCAUUGGAAAACAGAUUUUUAGAACUGCUACUCCCGUACCUACAGUCUAACCUAACAGGCUUUAAGCAGUUAGAAAUCCUAAACUUCAGAAAUGGAAGCGUGGUGGUCAACAGCAAGAUGAAAUUUGCCAAGUCUGUGCCAUAUAACAUUACUCAGGCGGUCCAAGGAGUCUUGGAAGACUUCUGUGAUGCUGCGGCCCAGCGUCUGGACAUAAAGAUUGACAGCCAUUCCUUAGAUAUAGAACCAGCUGAUGAAGCGGAUCCUUGCAAGUUUCUUGCCUGCAAUGAGUUUUCCAAAUGUGUGGUGAACCGGUGGACAAAGGAAGCUCAAUGUUUGUGUGAGCCUGGCUACGUAACGCUGAAUGGACUGCCAUGUCAAAGUCUCUGUGUUGUCCAGCCUGAUUUCUGUCUGAAUGGAGGAAAGUGUGAGAUUUUACCAGGGCAUGGUGCUGCUUGCAGAUGUCCUGUAGGUAAAUUCUGGCACUUUAUCGGGGAGAGAUGUGCAGAACUGGUCGUGCUGCCUCUAGACCCCUUUCUUUCCCUAGUUUGCCUAGUGGGGGCGCUCGCCUUUCUUUAUGCCAUAAUUUCUCUCAUGUUAUCUAUGUGCAGGAAAUGUGUACGGACCAGAAAGACACUAACUCUAGUAGACAGACAGCAGUCCACAAUACCAGGCCUGAUGAGUUAAUCACUGAAGAUUCACACAUUAGAAUACCUGGCUGUUUGUGAGAGCUGGGAUGAUGCAUUUUAUGUUUUCCUCCAAUGAUGCUUGACUCAUGAAGACUCCAGAUUCAGAAUGAGCAGCAAAACUUCCUGAACAAAUGGGUCAAGUCUAGACGCUGUUGAUUCAUAUUUGACCCAUCAGAAACACUGAAUGUCAAAAGUGAAUGUUUGCACAUGAUUGCAGAAAUUAUUUAGUUUCCUCACAAUGAGGAAAUUAUUAGUCAUUCUCAGAGAAUACAUAAUGUGUUUCAACAUUCUUAAAAUGGGAACAUAUUGUGAUUUGGUAUUUAAUUAUUAUAAAUUAAAGCGUACUUAAGCGUAGUGAAGGCAUUUUUGUCAUUUAGCAUGGUUGUCCUGUGAAAAGCAGAAAAGUACAGACUUCUUUGGAAACAUUCUUUGAUUGAUAUACUAUGGGGUGCCGAAUGUAAAAUAAGUCAGGUUGCAAAAACAUAAAAAAAUAAACAUUUAAAAAUGUCACAUUUGCCCAAAUGACUCAUAAAAUGUCUAUAAUUUUGGCUAAAAUUCUAAUGUAAAUCAUAAGUAUAGAACUUGCUAAACGUAAAUCUCAUUAUUGAGCCACACUUAAUCGGAUGCGAAUUUCCAAAGCAAAUGAGAUGAGUGUGACUGGCAUCAAGUUCUUACUGUUAAGACCGCCCAGUGGCAUCACUAGUUUGCAUGUUUUCUAAAAGGUUAGUUUAAGGUUUCAAUUUACAUAUA